AUGGCCGACAAAAUAAGAACAAGAGGGGCAAAGCCAGCUAUUUCGUAUGCUGCUUUACAUAGUUUAUGUAAUAUUCAUGCGGAAAAGAAGAAACAGCAAACAAGAAAAGCCACAGGGAAGUUUUUUGAGGCAGAAAGGAUCAUUGCAAGACGAAAUGGACAGGCAAAGGUACUUGUAGUUUUGUCUUGUACAUUUAUGAAAAUAUAUUAGUUUGAUUUUUUAUAUUUAAUAUUGAGAAAACUGCCUGUACGAACCAAUUACGACUUUUAAUCUAUUCCACAAACUUGAAUUUGUUUAGAGAGAAUACUUAGUGAAAUGGAUUGGUUAUCCAACAUUUAAAUCCAGCUGGGAACCAGAGGCAAAUUUGAAUGAGACUUUGCUAAGGUGAUAUAAAAUGAUUAAAUGAUACAGUCUUGUCCGCCUAUAUACAAUAUACUUAUUAUUUAUAUUAUUUGCAAAAUCGCAAAGCAGUUUAUACAAGACUGGGGCCUCUUACAUUAUAUUUACUAUUUAAGUAAAGUGCUGUUUUGUGUUCCAGGAGUUACAAUCAUCCAGAACCAGAUGGCAGAAGAAUCGACACAUGUUGUUUGGCCUUCCAGUCUGGAAUUAUUCAGGGAAUCAAGUCAUCUGGGGUUGAUUCUCAUAUUUAUGUGCCAUUUGACCUAGAUGUGUGGCGGUAUUUGACACAGGACAGGGGAACAGCCAUUGGAAGGGGAGCUUUUCUGUUGGAAAAAAAUGAGUUUGACAGAUUUGCUCCCUUCCUACCAACUCAUCGGUUUUAUGUUAUGGACCGUCACGGUGAGGGAACAACUGCAGUUGAUUUCCCAAUCCGAGUAAGACCAUUUCUCAGCAAGUCAGGUGCCAAGAAUUUCAUUGUGGGGGAGGAUGGAAAUCUUACAAAUGCUCCAAUUGUGUACAGUGAGAAACUUAGUAUUUAUUUUGUUAAAAGGGCAUGCAAUGUUAAUAUAUAA